UUGUGAGAUCUGUUGGCUAUUACGACACAAGCUAGCUUCCUUGACGGGAACUGGAUGGUCCUAACACAGGCACUCGUCCAGAUUUGAACCAAACGAUGGCACGGACACAACUCGUUUUAACAGUCAUUCCACUCAAAUGACGUUAACGAUAUAGCAAGAUUUUACUAUAUGAACCAAUACUGACACUAUUUAGCCCGUCAUGGCCGCCAUGUCGAUGGGAAGGCUCCAACUGUUGGCGCUGCUGGCAUAUUUGUUUUCUGCUUCGUCCUCAGCAGAAAGUGGCAGCCAUCUGGUGAUAACGCCGCAGUCGCCAGUGCUCCAGAUGGGAACGAACUUCACAGCUACGUGUGUGAUCAUCGGCACAACUGAAGCCACGGCAGAUGACCUGUACUGGAAUCUUUCCCAGACCGUUAUCCCGAACAAUCAGUACACUAAGAUCAACGAAUCAGCACUUAGUGUCACUAUCCCUGUGAACAAUGAAAAGCUGGAAUGGUUAUUUUGCCACUGCAACAAACAGUCGACCUAUGUUUUCUUGAACAAGGGCAAAUUUAUUCAUGGGAUCCACCUCAGAAAAGCCUAUGUGCCAGAGAAACCUAAGAAUCUGACCUGUAUAGCGGUUCAGGAGCAACGUUAUAUUUCCAAAGACUUCAAGUGCUCGUGGGAACCAGCAGAACACCACACCAAGGAAAUGCCAACAACAUACACAUUGCAUGUUGAAGUCAUCAACGACAAUCAGGCUUACAUUGUGUCAACAGAAGAAAAUAGCGCUACGGUGACAAUAGAUUCUUUCCCUCAUCAUAUGGAGCUGGAGAUCUGGGUAGUGGCCCACAAUCAACUGGGAACUCUGGAGUCUGAACAUCUGAAACAAGAUGGUUCCUGGUUUGUUAAAACAAACCCUCCAUCGCGUGUCGAAAUCUUGUCAGAGGAGAAAUUUCCCACGUCUCUUCUCAUGAACUGGAGUCAACCGAUUCCUAAAGAAUACCUUGUAUUAAAAUACCAAAUCAGGUAUUGCCUAUAUGGAUCUCACAGUUGGAGUAGCGUGCCUGUUGUUGAUAUAGCCGAAGACAUACAGUCCUUCAGACUCCAAAACCUACAACCAGACAAUGUUUACACCGCUCAAGUGCGCUGUAAAAAUGCUAAAAAGGGCCAUGGGUAUUGGAGCAGCUGGAGUGCCAAUGUUACCAAUAAAACACCUGAAGACAGACCAACAAGUAAACCGGAUUUAUGGAAUAUAAUUACAGAAGGUGAACGCGGUAAAGAGCGUCAAGUGACGUUAUUUUGUAAGAAUCCUGUGUUUUCAAAUGGAAGGAUAACGAGCUUCAAGGUAAAGAUUCAAGCCCGAAAGGAAAACAUUAGGAAUGGAAGCAUGUCAUGGGAAAGUAUCCCCGUCAACCGGUCAGAGGCAGACAGCGUCCCGAGCCGGAUGUUCACCGUUUUAAAACGGAUUACCCUGUCGGACAACAACUCUGCGAGAGUGUACGUCACAGCCAUCAAUUCUGUGGGGGAGUCUCCUCAGGCAUCGCUCGGCAUCCCAGAGAAAGCGCUUGAGCUCAACCCAGUGGAGGAGCUUAACGUGCGUACACAAGGGGACCAACUUUUACUCAAAUGGAAUCCCCCCAACAAUACAGCUGUUACGGAAUAUGUGGUGGAGUGGGUUGGUUCUAAUGGGAUAGACUGGCAGAGGGAAACCAAAAACACCCAACAAACGACUAUAAAAGGCAACAUAGAUAAGUUUGUUUGCUACAACAUAUCUGUGUAUCCAAUAUACUCUGGAUGGACUGGAAAACCUGCAAGACUAGAAGCUUUUCUUGAGGAAGGAGUUCCUUUGGAAGGCCCCUCUGUUCGACUGAGUGGGAAUACAGGACGGAACGAAGCAAAGAUUGUGUGGAAUGAAAUUCCUCAAGACAGACGACAAGGCUUCAUCACGAAUUACACCAUUUUUUAUUCGAGCGGGACUGAAGGCAAAAUCACAGUACCAGCUUCCGUCACCUCAUAUGUGCUGACUUCCCUGUCAGCCAACACCAAGUAUGACAUUUGGAUCAGAGCCUCCACCGUCAGAGGCUCAACCGAUGGCGCAAACCACUCGUUUACCACCCAGAAAUAUGCGCCGGGGGAGAUCGAGAUGAUUGUCAUCGGCGUGAGUCUCGGCUUUAUCUUUGUGGUUCUCAUCACCAUGUUGCUGUGCAUCUACAAAAAAGACUUAAUCAAGAAGAACUUUUGGCCUUGGAUCCCAAACCCCAGGAAGAGCACCAUUGGAAACUGGUCCCCUGAUUAUCCCUUAAAACCAGAAACACCGAAGGAGAGCCGUCUGUCUGGCAUCAGUGUGCUCGAUGCGGACGUCGGCGAUGGAAAGUCGGUGUCUGAGGAAGACAAAGCCAGCCUGGCUCUCAAGAAGGACAAGUAUCUGUCUGAAGAGCACAGCAGUGGCAUCGGAGGCUCCUCUUGCAUGUCCUCUCCUCGCCAGAGUGUGUCCGACAGCGAUGAGGGCGCUGACAUCGCUGACACCACGGCCAGCACCGUUCAGUACUCCUCAGUGGUGGCGUCCAAUGGUUACAAAGGCCAGACCCCGAGCGUCCAACCUCAGCAGCUCAUGUUCUCACGCUCCGAGUCCACGCAGCCCCUUCUGGACUCUGAGGAGAACGCAGAGCUUUUAGUGCCGGAAGGCAGCAGAGCUUCGCAAGCGUUCUCACGACUGCCUUGCUUCACACACUCGGCGUGGAACCAAGACAGUGCCAGCCUUCCUGAGUUGAGUCAGCUGGAGAUGGAGCCACAGGAGGUGAUGUUGCCACUGGACUUGUGUCAAUCAGGAGAAGACAAUGAGCAGAAAACACUUCGAGACGGCCAAUCUCUCUCCAGUUACAUGCCACAGCUUGGCGGUUAUAGGCCACAGUAAGAACUCUGACAGGACCAGCUCGUAGUCUCUAGAUUCUGUGACAAAUAAUGUGCCCGUCCGUGUUAAUGUUGCAUGUUCAUUUCAAGUCCUGGAUUUCAAAGGUUACUGACGACAAGGACUGUGCUGUGUUGGCGUUUAACCAAGCAGAACAAUACUUUUCCAAAAAAAUAAUGGGAACCUAUGCGCUAUAUUCCAGUUGAAAAUCCUUUCUGGAGUUUACUUCAUUGACAACAACUUCACGGAAGAAUCGUCAGUGGAAUCCAAAUCCGACGCCGGGGACUGGAUUCAGAAUCAUACGCAAAUGAGUCCAAAUCCAAGUCUGCAUCUGUGGCGUCCGGAGUGGGUGGGCAUCCAACCCAAACCCCCAACCCUUCAGUUUACUCGUUAGCGUCACUUCUCAAAAAGUUCGAUGUUGACAGUUGGUUUUCAAGGGGGACAAAGGUUUGAUUUCCGAACCCCCACACACAGACGAUUGGUUGCGAGGGGCAGAACGCAAUUUGUACGCCACUGGUCUGUAUGGUAGUAAAGUACUAUGUAUGGCUGCCAUGUCCAGUGGAUAGGCGAAGACCAUGUCAAAGCUAGGAUGAAUGUAUGUUCCCUUUAUUUUUUGAGGAGUGUAUAGAGUAUAAUAAUCUUGCUUUCUAAUGAUUACUAAGACUAAGACAAAUUACAUUUCCAUGACUUUGGAGAAGUCGCCGAAUGCUUCACUCGCUCGACUGCCGUGCUGGCAACUUGCGUUCAGCUGUGAUAGAUCGAUGGACUUGAUAUUACGAGUAUACCGGAAAUACACUUACUCACAUUGCAUUUCAAAGUGUCUCUUGAGCAUGGCAGCGGUGUAUACCAGUUUGGAAAGUAACAGGCAUUUACACUAAGCGUCUCUGCAAUUGGAUUUGUCUUGUUUGAUUUGUGUUCUGAUGUUUUUGUGACAUUGGUCACGGUCUUUAUCUGAAUCGUAAAACUGUUUGCAUAUCAAGUCACUAGCUCACACUAACACAUAUUACUAGUCAAUGUCCAUUAAAAUGUGUUUUUUUUAAGUGCCUUUCACAAUGAAAAUAAAGCUAUGUUACACUA